CUACGUUUUGUGUUAAUGUUUUUUAUGCUAAUGUAAUUCUAAUAUCCAGCUGUAUGCCGUAGUAAGGCAUGCGCAGUGUCGUACGAAGAAAUCAGUGAGGAUUCAAAGUUUUUUGUCUGUUUUGCGUGGUUUUUCGAGCUCAACGUAGACUGAGAUGUUUGGUUUUCACAAAUCCAAGAUGUACCGCAGUAAUGAAGGCUGCUGCAUUUGCAAGACCAAGUCGUCUAGCUCGCGGUUCACAGACAGCAGCAGAUAUGAAGAAAACUUUCGGGUGUGCUUUGGAUUGGUUGAAGAUCGAGUCGGAGAUAUCUGCAAUGCUUGUGUCCUGUUAGUGAAGAGAUGGAAGAAACUGCCUCUGGGAUCUAAGAAGAACUGGAGCCACGUGGUGGAUGCCCGAGCAGGCCCUGGCUUCAAGCUGACCAAACCCAAGACGGUGAAGAGGGGUGACAUGAAGAAGAAGAGCAAACUAAGGAGGCUUCACAAAUUAAAGAGGCAAACAGAUUCUGAUGCCCACAGCACCACCUCCAGUGCGUCCCCCUCCCAGUCUCCCAGCUACAGUAACCAGUCCGAUGACGGCUCAGACAUCGAGUCCAAGCAGAGGCGAUCCGCCCCGUCCAUGUUCUCUUUCCUGGACCGCUCCUACUGGAAAAGGCAGAAGGUGUGCUGUGGCAUCGUGUACAAAGGGCGCUUUGGGGAGGUGAUGAUCGACCCUCGACUCUUCAAGCCCUGCUGCAGCUCCAGGAAGCGGACGGUGCUUGCGCCAACCCACGACACCCAUCUCUCCCAAAGUCAGCCCCCAGCGCUCCCGCAGGAGCUGAGAGAGAGCUGGUGACCAACCUCCCUUCCUGAGGUCUGUGUGCCUCUGUCUGUUUUGUCUCCAGUGGCAGACUCUACCCCUCUCCUCCCUUUAGUUUGCUGUGUAUCUCUAGGACAGGUAAAUAGUGUAUCUUUAGUACAGGUAAAUAGUAUCUUCUUUUUUUUUCUGGUUUUGAGAAAUGCAUUUGUCUUUGUACAUUUUUUUUUCUUUUAAUUUUUUUAAUUUUGUUUUUGUUUUUUGAAGUGAACGAAAAUCAUUUUUAAAGUAUGGGCAUUAGUAAAAUAUUUAUAGGAACAGGAAGCAUAAUUAUAUAAACUGAAAGGGCAGAUUAUACUUUUUCAUGAGACUAAAACAAUCAUUUUAAUUUAACAGUACCUGUGUUUGUAAAUACUGCCUCCUGUAUUUUUUUUAUUUUUCCCUUCCCUUCCCAGUCUUUGUUUAAAGGGUUAAAAAUGUAGACAAGGUAAAUUUGUAUACAAAUAUGCAAAGUUUAGCAUCUCAAUUGUUAGGAUGGGUUCUUGCUAAAACAGUCCUAAUAAGCAGUGUUAAGGCUGCUUGACAAUUUUCUGUUCAGAUUCUCAGAAGUGUUGCUAGUCUUCCAAGAAAUAUCUAUUGUCAGGUUUUGCACCAUAUACUGUAAUGAGUUACGUAUUUGCCAUUACGGGCCUUAGCAAAUGUAUAAGUGGAUUUGUAUGAAGAGGACUGUUAUUUUGAACC